AUGACGGCGGCCAGCAGUACAACGGAGGUCGACACGACACUGGAGAAGGACAUGAAGAAUAUCAAGGACAAUGUUACGACACCAAAGGAGCAAGAAACCUCUUCUUUGGCCAAGGACGUGGAGGAUGUCAAGGAGCAGGGCGAGACGCCAACUGAGCAAGAAUAUCCUCCUUUGGCCAAGGUGAUCGUUAUCAUUUUGGCUCUUUACCUCGCCGUCUUCUUGGUGGCCCUCGACCAGACCAUUAUUGGAGUCGCGAUUCCCAAAAUUACCGACCAGUUCAAGAGUAUUUCCGAUAUUGCCUGGUAUGGUAGUGCUUACUUCCUCACAUCAACGGCGCUGCAGCCGUCUUAUGGUCGAAUCUACAAGAUUUUCAGCGUUAAAUGGGCCUUCUUAGCAGCCGUUUUUAUCUUCGAAAUUGGUUCUCUCAUUUGUGCGGUGGCUCCUUCUAGCACCGUCUUGAUUGUUGGCAGAGCGGUUGCAGGAAUCGGUGUCGCGGGUAUCUUCUCCGGUGCCCUCGUCAUUAUCUCGAUGACAGUGCCUCUACCAAAGCGACCUCUAGUCUUCGGCAUGUUCGGCAUGAUUUGGGGAUUGGCUUCGAUUGCGGGACCUCUUCUUGGAGGCGUAUUCACCGAUAGUAUCUCGUGGAGAUGGUGUUUCUAUAUCAACCUCCCGAUUGGCGGAGUGUCGAUUGCGGUCAUCCUCUUCAUCCUGCGCCUUCCUGGAACGAACGAAUACGCUGGAAAGCCUAUCCUGGAACGCCUCAGACAGCUGGAUCUCAUUGGUGCAAGCCUGCUUAUGCCCGCCGUUGUCUGUCUUCUCCUUGCGCUUCAGUGGGGAGGCAACAAGUACGCCUGGAACAACUCCCGAAUCAUCGGCCUGUUUGUGGGCUUCGGUUUGCUGGCAAUCCUCUUUGCAAUCUCCCAAGUCUACAUUGGCGAGAAGGCUACUCUGCCGCCUAAUAUAUUGAGACAGCGCAGUGUGCUCGCAUCUUGCAUGUUCGCCCUGUUCUUCGGCGGUGCAUUCUUCCUGCUUGUCUACUACGUGCCAAUCUUCUUCCAGAGUGUGGAAGGUUCUUCAGCUAUGAAGUCUGGUAUUCAGCUACUCCCUAUGAUGCUGGCCACUGUCGUCUCGUCCGUGGUCAUUGGUGGUCUGAUUACUGCUGUCGGAUACUACACGCCGUUCCUGAUCAUUAGUGCCGCCAUUGCAGCCAUCGGCACCGGUCUCAUCACCUUGUACGAUAUCGAUAUUUCCGCUGGAAAGUGGAUCGGCUAUCAGAUUGUGGUUGGUGCAGGUGUUGGUGCAGGAUUCCAGGUCCCAAUGACUGCCGUACAGACUGUUCUCAAGCCGGCAGAUAUCCCCGUCGGCACUGCCGCGGUGAUGUUCUUCCAAACACUAGGAGGUGCUCUUUUCAUUGCCGUUGGUCAGGCCGUGUUCCAGAACGGCUUGAUUAGUGGAGUUGUCAAGUAUGCGCCUAGCGUGGGUCCCGAGGUCAUCGUCGGGGCGGGUGCGACGGAAAUGCGCCAUGUGCUGACCCAAUUGGGACAGCUCGACCAGCUCGACGGCGUUAUCAAGGCUUACAUGAGUGGACUCCGGGAUGCUUACCGUGUCAGUCUUGCGAUUGCUGUGGUGGCAUUUGUGGCGAGUCUGUUCUUGGAGUGGAAGAGUGUGAAGGCCGGUGGUAAUAAGGAUGAGGUGGCUGUCCCCGCCCUGUGA